AUGCGAUCAAUUAAUCCACUUCUUUUCACCUCUUUUGCUUAUCUCAAAAAUGAUUAUCAUACAUUAAAAUGUAUUUUUGACAAAUUUCCAGACCAUACUGAACGACAUUCAACUUUGAAAACUUGUGAAUUUUCAAAUUAUACAACUCCUGUUACCUCUGGUGGAAGUAUAACAAGUCCACCCUUAAUAUUGAUAACAUCAUCUUCAAGGAUGAUCAAUACUUCAGAUUGUUCUUCUACCUCAUAUUCCACUUUGACAUCUUUAUCAUCCUCUUCAACAUCAUCGACAUCAUGUGAACCUGAAUUGAAAAAAUUGAAAAGUUCAGUAGUGCAUAAAUCAUCUCCGUUGAAAAAUGGUAGAAUAUUUUCCAAACAGUUGACAGUGGAUAAAAUGGAAUUAUACCCGGAUGCAUCCAGAGAACCAAUAGAAAUGAAUCAACACGUAAAACAAUCUCAACCAAAUAUCUCGUCAACUAAUUAUUCUAAAUCGCAUAAAUAUGAACAUAAUGAUUUAACGGAACAACAACAACAUUCAGUCGUCGAAAUCGAUUCAUCCCCACGUAAUACACCGAUAUGUAAUCAGUGUGGUAAACAAUUUGCCAAUAUUUAUCGUUUACACAGACAUUUACUAAGCCAUACUGAAAGUUAUGAAUUACGCAAAUUCCGUUGUUCCCAGUGUACAAAAGCAUUUAAAUUUAAGCAUCAUUUAAAAGAACAUGAGAGAAUUCAUAGUGGAGAGAAGCCAUUUAUGUGUUCACAAUGUGGCAAACGUUUCAGUCAUUCGGGCUCUUAUUCAAGUCAUAUGUCAAGUAAAAAAUGUAACAACAGUAAUACUAGCGGUGUCAAUAACAAUGAAACGAACACAACAACUAUACAUACACCUAAUGUCAGUAGUAUUCAUCAUAAUAAAUGUAGCAACGAUAUGGGCCAAAUAUUAGCAACUAAAUCGAUGAACAGUGAUACUCUUACUAAUCAAACAGGUUUUGAUAGAACAAACCAAUUCACACCAUCUUUUGAAUUGUUCAAAAGUAAAUUCAAUGUAUCAAACAGAAAACACGAUAUUAACGAUACUAAUCAUCUCAGUGAAGACACUGAGCUUAGCUCGGUUUCCAGUAUAUUAGAAUCUGUCAAUCAAGUUAAUAAUUCGGAUUAUUUUUUAAAAUUUAAUCAUUUUAAACUAGAUAAUUAUUUCCCAGCUAAUUUAUCGAAUCAAUUAAAUUCACAUUUAAAGAAUGAUGAAAUUAGUGAACAUGUUCACAAUACUACUAGUAGUAGUAUGGUUACUACUUCAACAACUACCAUCACUAACAGUAAUUCAAAUCAUACAAGUGAGCAACCCGACGAAUUGUUAUGCAAUCAGUAUAAUGUGAAAAAUUCAUCGAAAUCAACGUUGGAAAUACAAAGCUUAGCUAGUAUGCUUGGAGUGAAACCGGAUAAUGUGGAACAAUUGUUUCAACAUUUGUAUACAACUGAACAACAACAAAGUGUAGAACAACAAAAACACUAUGUCAAUGCUUACAGUACACAAUAUCCGCAUUACCAUUCACUACAACGUGCAAAUAUAGUUGCAUCUUCACCAGCGAUCUCAGCAGUGAAUAAUCAUGAAUUAAGUAAUCGCCAGUCAAAGUCAUCAAAUGAUAAUAGUUUUAAUCAGUAUGAAGGUUACAUGGUUGAUAGUUGUUAUGUAUCGAACUCUUUAUCAUCCUCGUCCUUGUUCUCCACUCUACCAUCUUUUUCACCGUUAUCAUCAUCACCCUCCAUAUCAUAUCUUAGUGUUUCUUCAUCUUCUUCAUUACCGUCAAUAUCAACAACAAACAUGACUAAUUUAUCACCGACUGUAUGCUCAGCUAAUUAUUCACAACAAGAUCCAUCGAUGCUAUUUUGUCAAUUAACGCCAGAUUUCAUGAAACAUUUAAUUUCUAAUUUACAUAAAAAUAAUUUAUUAAAUUAUUCAACUCCAUUAUCAUCUUUUACUUAUAAACAACCGAGUUCGCAUACAUUCAUCUCGGAAACAUUACAAUCGUCACCGUCAUCACCACCACCUCCAUCAUCCUCAUCGUCAUCAUCAUUGUCAUUGAUGAUGACAGCGACCACGACUACGAAAAGUGUACAACCAAUUACAUUUGCACAACAACAGAAAGAAACAAUUUUGGAAUGUCUGACAGAUAGGAGCCAUGAAGAUCAAGAAAAAGCGUUAGAUUUAUCAUUGCCUCGGUUAACACCUGAAAAUAUAUCACUACAUAUGGACAGUCAGCAGUUUGAUAAUUCCAAUUCUUAUCAUCAACCUGAUAUUUAUAAGGCCUCCAAUCUAAUGUGGUCAUCAUCAUCGACAAUGACAUUUAUGGAGGCGGUUACUGCAGCGGCUGCAGCGGUUUCCUUUUUAUCACGAACAUCGAAUGAAAUUAAUUAUUCCAAUCAAAAGUUAGAUCAGUUCAAUGAUAGUUCAAUGAAUGAUUUAUCACAAUCAUCUAGGCUAAUAUCACCAAACAAUUCUCCAUGGACAUAUAAACUGAACAGAAGCUACACACAUAAUAUUAGCGAUAUUAGCAGUAAUAAUGGUAAUAACGAAAGAAAUAAUUAUUGUCGUACAAAUGAGUUUGACUAUACUUCUCAUAAAAAAACCACAAUGGAUCAUAGAAAUACUGAAAAAGAAUUUACAGAUGCUGAAAAUUUGUCUAUACAAAUCAACGAACUACAAAGUGCCAAUGUUCAUAUACAGUCCGAUAAAAAGAUUGAUGUGCAUAUCAAUGAUACUGAUUGUUAUAAUCAUUUACAUAACUUGAAUGUUUGUGAAAAUAUAGAGAAAUACGAGAAAAAUAACAAUAGUCUUAAUGCUAACACAAAUGGUAGCAUUAGCAGUUGUAGCGACGAUAUCAAUACCAAUGAAGUGUUUGCUUGUGAUCAGUGUCGAAAAGUAUUCUCUAAGCAUAGUUCACUUUCCAGGCAUAAAUAUGAACAUACUGGUCUUCGGCCAUUCAUUUGUCGCAUUUGUUCAAAAGCUUUCAAGCAUAAACACCAUUUAACAGAGCAUAAACGUUUGCAUACAGGUGAAAAACCAUUUGAAUGUCAAAAAUGCGGUAAGCGUUUUAGUCAUUCCGGAUCAUAUUCUCAACAUAUCAAUCAUCGAUAUAAAUAUUGUCAAUCAUAAAUAAAUCAGGUUCAAUGUGGCAAUUGUUUUGAUCAAAAACCUGGUUAUUUUUUUAACUUCACCUUACUUCACCAUGAUAAUCGGAAGAAAGUACAAAUUGUAAUGGAUUUAUUUGCCUUUUAGUUGAACACUGAUCAUACUGUUUAUUUCCCAAAGGAUAAUUCAGAAAAUUUCAUAUUAACAAAUAAACACCACUGCAUCAUGAUAUCGAAUAUUCUUUUUGGCUGUUACUGACUGCAAGAUGCAAUUUCAAGAGAUCUGACUUUGACUGAUUUGAAAUUGUGUUAUUCUUCUUUCUUUUUCCUUUCUUCAAUCUGUUUUUUUUAAUAUGAAGUAUGAACAGAGAAAAAACGGACCCUCUCCAUUCUUGAACCUUUCUUUGGGUGCUGACAGGUUUGCGCUGGUCUAUUUUGUAAACUGGAGAGUUGAGGCUGGAAAAUGGAAAUCAGAUAUUUUCUUCCCAAUUUUUAUGUAAUCGACCUUUGAUUCAACCUAUUGUCUCUUUAAUUCUUCGCUCCAUUUUUAUUGCGUUUCUUGCCGUUUUUUCCAGUAACCUUUAACAUUGAACAGAACACAAGAACAUAAUAAUACGUGAUAAUGCUCAAUUACAUAAAAAAUAUUUUUUGUACAGUUAUUACUAACUAACUUCACAUUUCUUAUAUUACAAUCAAGUUAAUUGAUUCACUUUUCCCCACUUAGACCCCUACUACGAAAUAUGUUUUCCGCUAACUUUGAUAUCUUGGAAGUACUUGAAUUUUUUCUAAGUUUCAGUAUGCUCUACUGUACUAGUAUGUGGCUUUAAUAUUGAUUUAUAUACAUUAUUCAGUUAUGUGAUCCGACGAACUACAUAAUAACCUGUGUUAGAUUUCAAGGAAUAAAACGACCGGUUUAGUGAUUUUCUCAUUUUAGCGAAGAAAAUCCCCAAAUAUAGACAUUAUUAUCAGUAUGCGACUUAGAAUCAAAUCUGAUAUGGUUUUUGAAUUACAUUCUCGAGAGACUGGUUACAAUGACAAAUCAGCUUCACAAUAUCCAAAAGACAGGAAAUACCUAGGAUGAAUAAUAUAGACAAUGGAGGCAAUACCUAUUUUCACGAUCUUAUCAUUCAAC